AAACAAUUGACAAUUGUUGAUUGUUAUUAAUCGUGUUUCAAUUUUUUUAAUGGAUUAAUUUGUCUUAAUACAAAUAUUAUUUAACACCAGUCUAAAUUUUGUACAAAAAAUAUUGUUUGGUAAUUUAAAUAAUUAACAAAUAAAAUGUCGGAUAAAUUGGUUAUAACAAAUGUAACCAGUGCUUGUCAAAUAUCCCAGCAAUUUGGCUGUUCACCAUCAAUGGAAUCUUCAAUUUUUACACACAGUAUCAAUGGUAUCAUUGAUAAAUCUUCUCAUCAUCAAACUGAAACUCUAAAAAUUGGCCAAAAAGAUAAUAUUUUAACAAACAAAAUUGAUGAUAAUAUUAAUGUAAAAAUAAAAAAUGAACCAGAAGAUGUAAUAAUAAUUGAUUAUCAAAAAUCAGAUGAUCAAAAAACAAAAAAAACACCACCAUUUAUUGUAGGACAACAACGUUCUAAACGUAGAAUGCGAAAAUUCAUUUCUUAUGAAGAAAAAAAAAGAGUUGUUGAUUUAGCACGUGAUAAUCCAGGCUGGACAUUGGAUGAAUUAAAAAAACAAAGUGGUUGUAAUUCAAUAAAUAAUUUUCAUCAACUACGUCACUGGGCUGAUCAAGUUGAGAAAAAUAGUAAACCACUUGAUGAAAAAUUACAAGUACAUCAAUGGGUUUAUAAUAAAUGUAUUGAACAUAAAAAUAAUAAUUUAUCAUUGACAAAUGACAUUAUAUUGGAAUGGGCAAAUCAAGCUAAAGUAAAAUUUCUAUCACAAAAUUCAAAUAUACCAGCAACUUCUGGCUGGUUGAAAAAUUUUCAUCAUAAAUUUGGGAUUACUGGAAAUCCAAAUGAUUUACAAUUUUCAAAUAACAUUAGAUAUGAUAAACAAAAAUUUCGUCAAUCAACAAGUAACAAAAUUUCAAUUGAUAAAAAUAACAUUGAAAUAAAAAAAAAUGAUAAUAAUGAUAAAUUAAUAAAUAAUAAUAAUAUAAUUAAAAAAACAAUAAAAAUUGAUAAUAAAUAUGAAAUAUCAAAGCAAAAUUAUGCUAAAAGAAAAAAAAGAUUUAUUGCAUAUGAAGAAAAGAAAAAAAUAGUUGAAAUUGUUAAAAAAAAUCCAACUUGGACAAUUGGUGAAAUAAGAAAAUAUACUGGUUGUGAUUUUUUAAAUAGCACUCAUCAAUUACGUCAAUGGGCUGAUCAAGUUGCAAGAAAUUAUAAACCAUGGGAUGAAAAAAAAAAAGUACAUAGUUGGGUUUAUAAAAGAUACAUUGAUUAUAAGAAAAAAAAUAUUGAAAUAACUGAUAAAUUAUUACUUGAAUGGGCAAAUGAUGCUAAAAAAAUUUUUUUAUCAAAAUUUUCAAAUGUACCAGCUUCAGCAAUUUGGUUACGUAAUUUUAAAAAAAAAUAUGGUAUUGUUGGUAAUGAUUUAUUGACAUUUGAUCAUUAUAUUGAUAAAGUUGAUGGAAAAGAAGAAACUAUUACUAUUGAUUCGGAUAACGAUCAUGAAGAAAUAAAAGAAACAAUUGAAGAAGUAAAAAUGGAUAUAGAACAACCGCCAUUUGUGACAUUAAAAGUGCCAAUUAAGUUUAUGGAAAAUUCAAUCAAUCAAAUAGACAAUACAACACCAGUAUCAAAUGACAAAAUACCAAUAAUUAAUAACAUGAAUAGAAAUGGCAUUGUUAAACGUAAAGUUGGACGUCCAAAAAAAAGUGAAAGAAUUUCAAAACCAAUAAUAAUAAAACAAAAACAAAAUGAAUGUAAACAAAGAAAAUUUAUAAAUUAUGAAAUGAAAAAAAAUAUUGUCAGAUAUUUUCGUGAACAUCCAACAUUAUCACUUGAUGAAUUAAAAAAAGGAACUGGCUGUGAUGGUAUAACAAGUUACAUACAAAUAAGAAAUUGGGCAACAAUAUUAAAAAAACAAGAUAAAACUAAAAAAGAUAAACAAAAAAUAUACAAUAAAAUAUAUGCAAGGUGUAUUAAACAAAUAAAAAAUAAUACAAAAUUAAGUGAUAAUUUAAUUCUAGGAUGGGCCAAGUAUGCUAUACAACGUGCAGCAAUUAAAAAUUCACGUUUAACAAAAUUUUCCCUGUCAUCAAUGUGGCUUCAUAAAUUUAAAAAAACAUUCAAUAUAUCUGGUGAUCCAAAUAAUCUAAAAUUGUACAUAUUAAAUGAUGAAUAUACAAAUAAAAAACCAAAUAAUAUUUUAACUAAUGAUAAUUAUAAUAAGAAGACAAUUAUAAAUAAUGAUAAUGAUGAUAUUGAAUGUAGUAAAAAAAUAAUAUCUGAUGAUAUGAAAAAUGAAAAAUUAUUACAAGUACAAAAUUGGGUUUAUGAAAGAUGUGUUGAGUAUGAAAAAAAUAAUUUAUUAAUUAGCAUGGAAACAAUAAUGGUAUGGGCAAAUGAAGCUAAAAAAAUAUAUUUAUCAAAUUGUCAGGCUUUUGAUACAUGCAAUAGUCCAACAACUAAAAAAUGGAUUCAAGAUUUUAUCAAUAUUUAUGGUAUUACUGGUAAACCAUGUAAUCUUGAAAUUAAUUAUUUUAAUCAUCAACAAAAAUUAAAUAAUGGAUACAAGGUGAUUGAUAUUGCUGGAAAUAGUCAUGAUAAUAAUCAUCCAGAAAAUGAAUUGAUAACAAAAAUUAAACAAGAAAAAGAACCAAUGGAAGAAGAAAAGGAAAAAGAAGAAGAAAUUAAUGAACAGCCAAUGAAAAUUGAAAUAAUAUCAUUUGGUUCAUUAUCAUCAGGAGAAGUUAUUUAUCCAUCAAACUUUAAACAAAUGAAUAAUUAAAUAAUAAUAAUAAUUAUUAUUAUAAUUAUUGACAAUAUCUAUUAUUUAUUUUUAAU